AUGAUGAACAACACCUUCACAACCGAAUAUGAUGAUUCUCGUCUUCAAUCUUUCAAAUUCGGACAAAAUGAUGCCUCCUCACAUCUCGAUCCAUCACAAUGGAAAAUAUCAGAUUUUGAAUUGCUAGAGAUUAUUGGUACAGGUACCUUUGGAAGUGUGAGGCUCGUGAAACAUAAAUUUACUCAACAAUACUAUGCAAUGAAAAUUAUCAAAAAGUAUGAUGUCAUUCGAAUGAAACAAGUAGAACACAUAAUUAGUGAGAAGAACAUUCUUUCUCAGGUAGAUCAUCCAUUCAUUGUUAGGCUCUAUAGAACAUUCCAAGAUGAGAAUUAUUUAUUCAUGAUUAUGGAAUAUGUGUGUGGUGGAGAAUUAUUUUCUCAUUUAAGACGUGUUGGUAAAUUCCCAAAUGAUGUUGCCAAGUUCUAUGCAGCUGAAAUUAUUCUUGCAAUGGAAUAUUUGCAUUCAAAGAAUAUUGUGUAUCGUGAUUUGAAACCUGAGAAUAUAUUGUUAGAUAAUGAAGGACAUGUAAAAAUUACUGAUUUUGGAUUUGCCAAGAAGGUUUUAGAUAGAACGUGGACCUUGUGUGGUACACCUGAAUAUUUAGCACCUGAAAUUAUUCAAUCGAAAGGACAUGGUAAAGCAGUCGAUUGGUGGGCUUUAGGUAUCUUGAUCUAUGAAAUGCUUGUGGGUUAUCCACCAUUCUUUGAUGAUUCACCCUUCAAGAUUUAUGAAAAGAUUCUUCAAGGAAAGGUUGAAUUCCCUCGAUUCAUGGAUCCAAUGGCAAGAGAUUUGAUUAAACGCUUAUUAACAACCGACAAGAUGAAACGAUUGGGUAACUUGAAAGCAGGAGCAGCAGAUAUUAAGGAACAUAAAUGGUUUAAGGGUGUGGAUUGGGAUGAACUUUACAAUAGACAAAUUGCAUCGCCAAUUCCUGUCAAGAUCAGCUUUGCUGGAGAUUCUAGAUACUUUGAAACAUAUCCUGAAUCAAGUGAUCAUUGUAUUCACCACACUGGAUCACCUAACCAACAAUUAAGUUCUGAUGUUCAAGCAUUGUUUGAAGGAUUUUAG